GAAAACGAAUCGAAAAACAAAAGAAAAUCAGUACUCGAAACUAAAACUUUUUGCAAGCUCGAAUAUUUCGAUUCAAUAGACAACAACCAUCGAUGGCCAAGUCUAACUCGAACAAUAGCCACAAUGAGGCAGAUACUCUCUCAUCACUUCUCUCUUCAGUUGGUAGUUCUUAUGAUGGAGAAUCUGAUUCUACAUUCGUGUCAACUGGAACUACUCCAUCAUCAAGCCGUCGUUCUCGUCUUGAUUCGUUCCUUUCAACUACUAGUUCCAGUAAAUCAAGACCAAGAAUUAAAAGCAAGCUUCCUCGUAGCUCGUCGUCUGGAUUCUCGGGAACAGGAUCUGAAAGAUCUAUUUCAAGCAAAAGAUCGAAAAUUGGAAACACUUCUGGGAACCGUAACAAGAUUUCGCAAAGUGCUAGAAGAAGACUUUUGCAAGCUGAAAUUGAGAGUCGACGCAAUAGAUCCAACAAAUCACCAGGUUCCAGUCGUAAAAGCAUUCUGAAGAAAUCUCCGAUGAAAAAAAGAAGAUCUCUUUCGAGAAAAUCUUUACCAAAGAAGGAGCAUAUUCCUCCAGUUCAAAAGUUUGCAAUUAUCAAGAAUCCAGCUGCUCGUAAUCAAGUUCGUGGAUUUGUUGCUGAAUACGCACAAGAUCCAGAAUUUGAAGCUUUUGAGCUUUUGGUUGACGGAAUUCCAUUUGUUGCUCUCUCUCUGAUGAAUGCUCAUCCAGAUCUUCGUGGAAGAUUCAAACCUGUUCCACCACCAACACCGAUGAAGAAGCAUACUCCAGGUAUCAAUAGCCCACGAAAACGUCCUUUGCGUCGUGAAUCUAUUUCUUCCGUUAACUCGAAAAGUGUUCGUUUCACUGAUGAGGGAUCUUCUUUUUCGAAAAGAGCUAGAAAAUCUUCAUCCGGAGAUGUCGAUUCAUCGAUUCGUGAGCUUGGAGAGACAGUAUCGGAUGCCAUGAUUGACACUGGUCGCCAGUACAAUGAUUUGUGGAAGGAUCGUGCACAUAGUGUUGAAAAAUGAUUGAUCUCUGUAAUGAUAUCACCUGAUUGAUUUUCUAGAGAAUAAAAUGAUGAUUUGAA